GUUUGUUGAACCCCUCCGUACCAGCUUUUACCAACUGGGUUCCCUUGAAUAAUGACGUAAAAAAAAAAACCUCAAACAAAAAAACCUCUCACCCACAAACUGCAUCCUUCCAACAAUUAACUGUCUUUCAUGUUCUCCACUGACCCCAUACACAGAGAGAGAGAGAGAGAGAGAGAGAGAGAGAGAGAGAUGGGAGAUCACUUGGGCUGGGCCCCAACUGGGUCCCCCUUGCUCACCGAUAGAGACGAUGGCCAUUGGAGGCAUUUCGAUAACUCUGUCAAUGCUCUCUCUUUUGGGUUCGUUGCCACUGCCGUUUUGAUUUCCAUGUUUCUGUUCAUGGCGAUUUUUGAGAAAUUCCUCAGACCCAACUCGCCGGAGUCGUCGCCAGCGGCGGACGGACGGCGGCGCAAUCGGCAGGACGUUGAGUCCCAGUUGAGCUUCAAUGGGAAGCUUCGUGUUCAGUCGCCCAAAGCACCUGUAAAUGCUAGAGAAGUUUCAGUGUUGAUGCCCGGAGAAAACACUCCUACGUUCAUCGCCAAUCCAGCUCCGGCGCCUUGUCCCCCAGAGCGGAUCUCAUGGCCCACCCAUCAACCUAAGUCAUUUCCCACUAUCUCCCGCAACUCCAAUUCAAGCGCAAGCCCAAGCUCGAUUUGAAAGAGCUUACCACUGGAACCAUACCUCAAGCUCUGUAGUUAUGCAGUAAUAUAUUGAAGAUCUCUCGCUAGAAAUGAGAAUUUAACAUAACGGUUUUUACACCUAGGUUCUUGAAUCUCAUGUGUAUAGUAUUCGCGCGGUCAUGAUGGAUAAACAUUGGUUGAUUCGUAGUUUUUAAUUGGCUUUUAGAAGAUUAGAAUGUAGCUUGUAAUCUCCUUGUAAAGAUUUGUGGGCUAAACUAUUUAAGUA